CAAAUCCAAAGUAAUAACUUGACCCAAUCAUUGUUCUUCACUACCGCAAGACAUUCGACCUUAAAAGUAUGUUUUUUCUAUCGUUUUUUUUGGCACAAAAAAUUAACAACAAAAAUCGAAUUUUCGCAGUCGCCAUAUUUUAAACAACUGCAACGGUUCCGUUCGUCUUUUAUUAUCAUCGAACAUCCUCGAAUGUUGCCACUAUUUUCGAUGAUUUUUAUUUGUUAAUUGUUUAUUUUAAUCUUGGUUUUAUGAAAUGAAACUGUGCACCGGGGUGCUCCUUCUGGGGGCGGUGGUGUCAAGCCAGGCCUUCUUGGACUCGCUGAUUUUCACGCUGACGAAAAACAACUGCAAGCCGCAGGAAUUCGGUUGCAGGAACAGCAGGUGCGUGCCCUUGUCCAAGAGAUGCGACAGCAGCAACGAUUGCCUGGAUUUUUCCGACGAGGAAGACUGCGAUAUUUACUUGUGUAAAGAGCCAAGAUAUUUUAAAUGCCAUAAUGAUAGAUGUGUCAGUAAGUCGUUUGUGUGCGAUGGUGAGAACGAUUGCGAAGAUUUUUCCGAUGAGAAAAAUUGCGAUAAUUUUAAGCUGUCGUUCCAAGCCAACUCCAGCUGCGCAAAGGGCGAAUGGCAAUGCAAAGACAAACUGUGCAUCUCGGAAGAAUGGGUCUGCAACGGCGAAAGCGAUUGCUUGGACGGCUCUGACGAAACUAUAGGGUGCAGCACGAAAAUCGAAUGCGACGGCUUCAAAUGCUCCAACGGGCACUGCAUACCCAACGAGUGGGUCUGCGAUGGCCACGACGACUGCAUCGAUAACAGCGACGAAAAGGAAUGCGAAAACCACAUAAACCCUAACUUGUGUACUCACGACGCCGGUAAAUUCUUGUGCGGCGACAACAAAACCUGCAUAGACCUGGCGAAAGUGUGCGAUGGAAGCCCCCAAUGUCCGGAUAAGUCUGAUGAAAGUCCAGUUUGCAAGCUACCAGCCAUGAGCUGCGAAAAACGCGGUUGCAAGCAUCAGUGUCUUCAGUUACCCACUGGCCCCACUUGUGUAUGCCCCAAAGGCUACAAAACCGUCGACGAGGUGCAUUGCGAGGAGAUAAACGAAUGCGAGAUAUACGGUAUUUGCGAUCAAAAAUGCCGCAACACCCCUGGCUCCUACGAGUGCUACUGCGACGAUAAGUACAUCCUCCAAAGCGAUAACAGGACGUGUUUGGCCAAUGGAGGAGAAGCGAUGAUGGUUUUCAGCUCAAAAACCGAAAUUAGAGCCAUCACUUUAAACACGGAAAUAUAUUUCCCCAUUGCCAAGCACCUCAAACAAGUGGUCGGUGUUCAGUAUGACGGCCAUCACGUAUACUGGACCGACAUUUUUUCUGAACACGAAAGUAUCGUCAGGAGUAUAGAGGAUGGAUCUCAAAGAGAGCUUCUUGUAACAGCUGGUUUGGGCUUGCCAGAAGAUUUAGCAGUCGACUGGGUUACAGGGAACAUUUAUUUUACCGACGCCGAAAAACAACAUAUUGGCGUGUGCAACACUGACGGUAGUCAUUGCACUGUUUUGGUUAACAGAGACAUCAGAAAACCCAGGGCUAUUUGCCUUAAUCAUGUUGAUGGUGAAAUGUACUGGACAGACUGGGGAAAACCAGCCCAAAUCGCUGUAGCUUCCAUGGACGGCACUAACGAUAAACCAUUUGUAACCAACGACAUCCAUUGGCCCAAUGGUCUAACUCUGGACUUACCCAACGAGAGAAUCUAUUGGACAGAUGCCAGAAAAAUGAGCUUGGAAAGCAUAAAACUCGAUGGAACAGACAGAAGAAUUGUUCUAAACGGCAUAGUAAAACACCCGUACGCUAUAGCGGUGUUCGAAGACCGUUUAUUCUGGUCCGAUUGGGCCACACACUCAAUUCAAUACUGCAACAAGUUUACGGGCAAAAAUCACACGACUUUGAUCAAGGAGAAUAGGGAGUACAUUUACGGCGUGAGCAUAUACCAUUCAGCGAUGCGCAGUAGAAACGAAAACCCGUGCCUCUUGGCGUUUUGCAGCGAUUUGUGCUUGUUGAGCGGUAAAGGUUAUAAGUGCGCAUGUCCGCAGAACAAGGAGCUCAGCAGUGAUAGACACACGUGCAAAGACGUUGAAAGGAAGCAAAUGCUGAUUUUGGGCGCGAAAAACUCUUUGGUCUUGAUAGAACACCAAAUUCUUGGUAAGCACGACAUAGCGGAACUUCCGGUGGCCAUCAAGAAAGUUGGAGCUUUGGCCUAUAACUCCGCUAGCGACGUAUUAUACGUUUCCGACUUGGGUGUAAAAGAAAUCAUCGCCAUCAAUUUGAAAACCUUUGAUAGCAAACCGCUAAAUAUUGACGGUUUAGGAAGAGUUACUUGCAUGGAUUACGAUCAUCUUGGCAACAAUUUGUAUGUUUGCGAUGAAAGCAAAAGUGCUGUUGAGGUAAUUAAUUUAAGCACCAUGACUUCCACAAUUAUUUUGCAUGAUUUGGAAGGUGAAAUACCAGAAUCCAUUGCUCUUAUACCAGAAGAAGGUGUUAUGUUCGUGGGAUUAAAGAAAAAGAACCGCAGAGAAUGCCACAUUGACAGAAUGUUAAUGGAUGGUACAGGCAGAACACACGCUAUAGAAUCCGGGCUUAUAGGCCCAUUGAGCCUAUCUUUCGACUACAAAUACUACAGGGUCUUUUGGUCAGAUGCUGGCACGGGUAACAUUGAAAGCACCAGCGUUGAUGGCGACGAUAGACACGGUUUUAGAAUGCUGGCAACAUCGCCAAUCAGCCUCACCAUCUUGGACAACGAUAUUUUCUGGGUGAACCAGUACUCGAAGAGGGUGUACUGGGCCCCGCGCAAUGCUACCACCACGGCCAACAAAAAAGUCACCCUCGACAUACCCGAAGACCAGGAGAACUUGUACAUUCUUUCGACGAUUCCCAAGAAAAUCGGCGACAGUUUGUGCCACCUCAACAACGGCAAUUGUUCGCAUAUCUGCUUGGUGUCGCACAAGGCCAGCGCAUGCGCCUGUCCCGUCGGUAUGGUGUUGGAUGCCGAUAGAAGGAGUUGCCUCAAGAAGUUGGAGUGCGAGGAUAACGAAUUUUUGUGCCACAAGUCCGAUAAGUGCGUUUUGAGGAGCAUGCUUUGCAACGGGAACAAGGAAUGUCCACAGGGAGAAGACGAGGAGGACUGCGUCAAGCCGCAUCAUUGUCCAUUGGGACACUUCCAAUGUGGAAACGGUGAAUGUAUCAAAGAGCAAAUGGUUUGCGACCACCACUUCGAUUGUCGCGACAAAUCGGACGAACAGAAUUGCGAACUGAAAGUGACUGGGCAAAAAUGCGCUCCGGAUCAUUUCGCGUGCGGAGAUGGAAAAUGCAUUGCGGAGCGAUUUAUUUGCGACGGAGUCAAGGAUUGCUUGGACGAGUCUGACGAGGUGAACUGCAAGAGCGCCACCUGCGAGUCGACUCAGUUUAGGUGCAAGUCGGGGACUUGCAUACCCAAAAGUUGGGAGUGCGAUCACGAGUACGAUUGCGUGGAUUUCUCCGAUGAACACAAAGGAUGCGCCGCUAAUACGUGCUCUCCUGACAUGUUCACCUGCACAAAUGGUAAAUGUAUUAGUUCCAAGUUGGUUUGUGAUAAAACUAACGAUUGUGGCGAUCAUUCCGAUGAAACUAUUUGCCAAACAACAUUACAAGGCAACUGCGGUAUAGACGAAUUCCCGUGCGCAUCGAACACCUCGAUCUGCGUGAUGAACGCGGCCCGUUGCAACGGCACCUCCGAGUGCCCGCAGCACGAGGACGAGAAGGACUGCUCCAGCUGCAACGUGGACGAAUUCAGCUGCGGGAACGGCAAAUGCAUACCGGCGCAGUGGCUGUGCGACAAGGUGGACGACUGCGGCGACAAGACCGACGAACAGCCCGAACUCUGCGAGCACAACAAGACGCUUCCCGGCCACCAAGCGCCCUGCAGCUACGGCUACAGGUGUCAGUCCGGAGCGUGCAUAACCAAGGACCUUCUUUGUAACGGAAAACACGACUGCUACGACGGUUCCGACGAGGACGGGCUCUGCAAGACAUCCUGCGAAGGCGUGCUGAAUCCUUGUUCUCAAAAGUGCAUCAAAACACCUGUAGGUCCCACGUGCGAAUGCAACGAGGGUUUCGAGUUGUCAGGAGAUGGCCACACGUGUAAAGACAUAGAUGAGUGCGCAAUGGACCCUCCGAUUUGUUCGCAACUGUGCGUCAACAAAGAUGGCGGAUAUGAGUGCGAUUGUUUCCAAGGAUUUAUGCUAAAGGCCGACAAGAGCUCUUGCAAGGCCGAAGGCUACCCGAUGUCGAUGCUCUACACGGCAGACAACCAGAUUCGCGAGCUGAAAAAGCAAACCAACAGCCUGAACAUCGUCUACGGCGACGAGACCCCGAAGAUAACGGGCAUCGACGUCGCCGUCGCCAGCCAGUUCGUCUACUUCUCCAUCGAGAACACGGGCACGGUGCACAGAAUCAACACGGCCAGCAAGAAGAGAGAGUACAUGGAGCACGUGGGGCAGCCGCAGAAGUUGGCCGUGGACUGGUCCACCAAUAACGUCUACUACGUCAACUCCGAAUCCAGGGCCAAGUCGAUCAGCAUUUGCAACUUCGACGACAAGAUUUGCACGAAAUUAAUCAACGUGGAUUUGCACCGACAGGUUACAGCCCUAGCAGUGGAUUCCGUCAACAAGCAUUUGUUCUAUUCCCUGACCAGCUGGUGGGUUUUUAACUCUCCUAGCUAUGUCAUCUACAAGUGCAACCUGGACGGCACUGGAACGCAAGAAUUGGUCAAAAGUACCACAGGCUUUGUAACCGGCAUGACGUUCGACCUAAACAAACAGUUCCUGUACUACGUCGAUCAGCACAACAACGCGAUAAAAACGGUCGAGUACAACGGCGAGCGCAACGCCGUGCUGUUCGCCAAUCUCACCAGACCUAUAUCCGUCAGAUUUUUCGAAGACCAGCUCUACUACAGCGCGGUGGGCGGCUUCAUGAGCAAGUGCAAGCUGUACGCGCCGAGAUCGUGCGACAGUUUUAAGAUACACAGCUACUCUAGCGAGUUGUUCGCCAUAAAUCAGGACAGUGUGCAGCCCAAAGUGGAGGACCCCUGCGGAAACAACACCUGCACGCAUCUGUGCGUGCCCAGUGUUGCCGGUUAUAAAUGCUUGUGCGAAGAUGGCGCUCUAAUCAAUCCCAGAGAUGCGUGCGCAUCAGUUCUGAGAGAAUCAGAAGAUGAUACCUCCAGACCGUUCCAUGAAGUCCACCAAGUGCAAAUGUUGGACGGGGGUAAAACCAGAACCAGUGGCGCCGUGAUAGUCACCGCUGUCUUGGUACCCCUAUGUUUGGUGCUAUUCGGAAUUCUUCUUUAUGUCGUAGUCAAGAAAAAGUCGAGUGGCAAAUUUAACAUAAAGAUGAAGUUUUAUAAUCCAAACUACCAAAGAAAAGGCGACGAGUUGGACAAGCCGAUCCUGAACCCGAACCAACACGAAUUCACGAACCCCAACUAUUGCGAAUCGGGCCUUAGGCACCACUCUAGCGAAGAUAAUUUAAUCAUGGAUUAAAUUUUAUUUUUAGUUUUUGUUGUUUGUGUGUACGUCGAAUUUUAAUGUUUUAAUUAAUGGUUUUUAUUGUUGUUGUUGUUGUGAAAGAUAAUUUUAAAAUCUUAAAACGGUCAGUGCUUGAAUGCUGUUUUAUAUUAUUAGCUAUUAUUUAUAGAUUAUAUUUUUAUAUACAACAAGUUACUUUUUUAUAUUUAUAUUCUAUUUUCUUAAAUAAACAUUUUUACUUAUCUACAUAUUU